AUGGAUGUUUCCCUAAUUCUCGGGAUUCCGACAUCACAUAUCUCCCGCCAUGAUUCCAUGGGAUGGUUUUUCACACAGAAGGGUAGAUAUACGGUUAAAUCUGGAUAUGCGAUAGCACAACAAACUCUGGAGGCUGGUAUCCCAACCUUGUUUGGUCCUGACACAUUGAGUGUGCAGGCACAGGUGUGGAAAGUACAAUUGUUGGGGUCGCAAUACUUCCCGUCGAGUUCAACGAUAAAGCAUGACACGUGGCAAGGAAGGGAGAGCACCUACAGGUCAUUCGAACCUGCACUGCCACCAGCAGGUCGAUCGUACCUGUACUGCCAGCUGCAGGUCGAUCGAGCCUGCACAGCCACAUGCAGGUCGAUCGAACCUGCACAGCCACCUGCAUGUCGAUCGAACCUGCACAGCCACCUGCAGGUCGAUCGAACCUGCACUGCCAGCUGCAGGUCGAUCGAGCUCAUCACUGCAGCUGCAGCAGAGAUCGAUCGAGUAUGGGCCGAGCUGUAA